UCACCUUAGACGAAUUUCAAAAACUCACCCGCAAUGAUUGUUGUGUUUUCCGUGUUGAACUGAGCUCGUCCGUUUUGUGUGUUUUGGGUUUUUUUUUUUUAACUGGAAGGUCAAAAGGAGAAGUUUGUUUUUAAAAGGGCUUUUUGGAAAAGGACGAGGUACCAUGGAGUCUCGAUUUGCUCACCUGCGCCAGCGGGACACCAGUGUGUCUAUGCUGAGGGUAAAAAUGUCCCGCAGAAGGUCUCAGUCCCAGAAGGAGAACCGAGAACGGGCCAUGAACACGCGCAGGCAGCUAGACAAGCUCCCGGAGCUGGAAAUCUCUUCCCUGGAUGCCUCCAUCGCGGUGGCCAACAUGUCGAUCAUUCAGGAAAAGACGCAGAACAAUGCAAAAGCUGCUAAAACUAUGGCUGUAGAAGAGAGGUUGAAACAGCUUGAGCGCUGGAAAGAGCGCAAGGCUCUUCAGAAGGAGAAGGAUAAGAGAGAAAGGGAGCGUAAAGGGGUAUUUAAGACUGGCCUGUAUCAUCCAAUGGACACCCUUACCAUUGUGUCUCUGCCCGUGGUCCCAGCUGCCCCAAAAAGAGCUAAGGAGACAAAAGUGAACACAGCUCCAUCCCAGAAUACCAGAGUCACCCGUUCAAUGAAACAACAGCAGCAAGUGCAGCAGCCUCUGAAGACACAAGACCCAAAUACUGUGGCAAAGAAAGCUCAACCUGCUGUGGACAGAUCAACCAGGACCCGGGCAGCUCCUCUCAAGCCUGCACCAGCACCGCUUAUGACCAGGACCAAAGUUUGUGCAGUGGAACCUGCCGUACGAGCUUUGUCGACAAGAUCAGCCAACAGGCCUCCUGUUACAGCAGUCCCUGUGGUGAAAGACAAACCUAAGGACAAGGCUGCAGCCUCAGAUGUAAGAACCACAAGGAGUAGAGCCAUUUUCAACCCUGUGCCCCUGCCCUCUGGCAGAGAAAGAAAAAGCAAAGCAACUGUCAAUGACACAACCCAGCCUCCUGUCUCCAAGGAGCUCGAGCUGAAGGAGUCUGACAUACAGGAGCCAGAGGAAAAACUUCAUCCUCCCAGCCCGACACCCUGUUCUGAGGAAGACGACGUGGUGGACCAGGCUCAAGCUGACUCUGUCCCUAAUGCUGGCCCUGUUGAGGCAGCAUCCUCUUUAUCCUCAUUCGCUCCAGAAGGUUUUGUCUUCCAGGCUCCUGCUGGCUUGUCGUCCUUCAAGUUCGAGCCUCUCACUCCGCGCUCAGCAGACGCCUUCCUUACACCAAGCUUCAAUCUGCCACCAGCUCCAGUGUUCAACGUCGAGCCUAAGGCUGAACUAAGCGAACCCUCUCCCCCUAAAUCCGCUUGCCUCUCCCCACCUCUUACAUCUCCCACAGUGGCUCCUCCAACGCCAGGCAGCCCCCUGGAAUCAAACCAUGACGUAGCAUACUUCAGAUCGGAAAUUGCCAAUGAGACAGACAGACUUAUGACUCUUUGUGUUUGCUGGGAGUCUAAAGUGGAGGAUGAGUCCAUCCCAGAAGAGAUGAGAGACCGUAUGCGUACAGCAGUCGGCCAGGCAAGGCUGUUGAUGAAAGAGCGUUUUAACCAGUUCGGCGGUCUGGUGGACGACUGCGAGCUGGGCAGAGGGGAGAAGAUCACCACCUGCACUGACCUGCAGGGAUUCUGGGACAUGGUUUAUUACCAGGUAGAGGACGUCAACAAGAAAUUUGAUGCUCUCAAAGAAGCAGAGGGCCGAGGCUGGGUGGAGGAGUACAAGCCCCUGCCACGACAGAGGAAAGGAGUGAAGAAACCACUGGCUGCACCUGCCAAGCAAACAGGAACCAAAGCAGCUGCCAAGUCUCGCCUGGCUGCCGUGAAAGCAGCCAUGAAAGCAAGACAGCAGGCAGCCGAGGCAGAGAGAGCCACAAAGGAUGCUGGUAACAGUGAGGUUGACCCCAGCCUGAACUCUCAGGAUACACAACCCCAAGCAGAGGCCCGAUUGCCAGACACAGUGGUCUUUGAUGGAGGCUUUUUCCAGGUGGAGAGCCCAGCCAAACCAUCAGGUGACAGAAAAAGCUCAGUGAGGAGAUCCAGCCGCCUGAGUGCUGCUGUGCUGCCUCAGGCCUCUCCUUGCUCCAACUAUCUCACACCUAGAAGAGUCACUCGGCGGUCCCUUGCAUUGGCAAAGACCCCCAUUCAGACUGUCGCCUCUCCUGCUCAGCCCGUCGUCACUCCCGCCCACCUGCGUCUUAACUUUGACCAAACCCCAGCACAAGCACCGGAGUUUCAGUGUGGCACUCCUCAGUCAUCCCGGGACAGAAAAGACACUGCAGAUGUCUCUCUCUGUUUCUCAACCGUCGAGGAAGUACUUUCAGACGACACCCAGCCUGACGGAAGCCCUGUAAAACAGACAGAAACAGCCUGUACGCCAGAAAACCCUGCCUUUGUUCCUGAACUGAGCACAGACAUACCUGUGCAUUCACUUCCAUCCAUUUCUGUAGUCGAGGAGCAAGACGAACCAGCUGAAGGUGUCGAUGCUGACCUGCCCGUCUCUCCAAGACUCUCCCUCUUUCCAUGCAGAACACCUCGCGUCUCCCAAGCCCUUGAGCCCUCAUCAUCUCUGAGCUUCACACUCUCGCCCUGUGUGAGUCCCAGCCAGCCUCCAAACUUCUCCCCUCCUGCUGUGCAGGGCCACAUGGAGGUCCAGGAGUCUGUGCGUUGUACGCCAGACAGCUCAGUUGUUGAGGAAAUUCCGGGUUUGGACUUUGAGCGUUACCUCCAGCCAUCACAGAGAUGCAGCCUGUCACCAAGGGAGACAGUUGCCAUGGAGACGCUGUCACCCAUGACAGAGGAUGUUGAGAUGGAGAGUCCCAGAGGUCAAUAUGAAAAUCUGCUAACUCAACAAGAACCAGUACUGCCAGCGGUGCCUUCAGUGUUAAAUCUUCAGUCACCACAGGUCCAGACAGCAGAGUCUGCACUGCUUCUUUUCACCCCGGAACUAAAGGACCGGAUACGCCAGUCUGUUUGUCCAAGUGACCUCAUGGUCUUCACCCCUCCCUCUAAUGUGUAGCAAAGCAAAGAGUUUUUCUUUUUAUAUUUUUAAUUUUUACAUGUAUUGACUAGUUUUGUUACUCUCUUUUGGGGAAAAAAAAUUAUGAGUGAUUUUGACAUUUUUUUAAGAUUACUGGAAAAAUAGUUUUGUCUCACAAGAUGGUUUAAUUAAAGUUCUAGUUACAACAAGGAAA